AUGCCUGAAACUAUUGUUGUGAUCUUUGAUAAUGGAAUGUUUUCUCAGAAUCAAGAUUACCUUCCAAGCAGGUUCGUAGCACAGCAGGAGGUUGUAGAGUCAUUGAUAUCAAGAAAGUUUGAAGAUAACCAAGAGAAUACAAUAGGAAUUGUCCCUCUAGUACAAGUCCAAGCAAAUGAUAUUGUGACACCAACUAAACAGAGAUCAUAUAUAAAGACCUUCUUGAAUAAGAUUAUGCUCAAUAGCAAGACAGACAUUAUGAACUGUCUGUCGCAAUGUAUCCACAUAUUCAACCAGAGAGAUGCACCUGGAUGCACAUUAGUGGUUCUUCUUGGAACAAAGAUGAAGGAUGUGCCUACAGAUGAGCUAUUUGCAAGGAUUUACGAGAUACUGACACUUGGGAUCAACAUCAAAAUGGUGUUUUUUGGAGAGGCAUUGGGAAUGUCUGAGUCGUUCAAAAAGAUAGGGCUAACAAGCUUUUCUUGUAUAGAUAUUGAACCUAAUGAAGAUUUAUCAACUCAGGCACUUUCUUUUAUAUGUGGAGGUGGCAUUUCUGAUGAAGAUGAUCCGGAGCUUGCAGAAGCCAUCCGACUUUCUCUUGAAGAGCAUCAGAGGCAGAAGAAGUAA